GUCCUCUCCACAGCGGUCACUAGAGGGCGCCAGAGCUCAGAAUACUGGGUUUGGCGGUUCUCCUCGCCUCCAUGGGGCCGCGCCCCUCACACACCGCGGAGCUAGGAGGGUAGCAGUAUUGUGACCUCAAGGGCUGUGCACUGCCGGGAGAGGGGGGCGGGUCUGGGGCAGGGAGAAAGGAGACCCCAGGCCCGGAAGGAGAAGGAGAGGAGAAAAGGGGAGCUGGAGGCAGGGACUUGAGGGCCCCUGGGGCUUUUCCCACAGGACUCCCAGUUCUCUAGAUCAGCCCCUUUGAUUCUGCCUCUUGUCUCUCUCAUCAGUGUGCAUCUCUCUCUGUCUCUCUGCCCUACACAUCUUGUGUCUGUGCCUGUGUCUCUGUCUCUUGGUCUUUCACUCUGUCUCUGUAGCUUUAUUUGUUUCGGUGACUCUUAACUGUCUCCAUAUAGCGUGUGUGCGCGCGUGCGUGUCUGGCUCUGUCUGUUCUUUCUGUCUCUGUCUUACCUUCGUCUCUCUAGGUAUGUCUCUGCCUCUGUCUCGCUGUGUGCGUCACUGUUUCUCUUGUUAUGUCUUUACCUCUCUGUGUCUUUCUCUCUGUUUUUAACUGCCUCUGUCUCUUUCUGUUUCUGUCUCUCGCUCGGUUUGCAUGUCCUGUCCCUUGCAGCCACCACCCCCCAGCACAUGUGGGCUGAGGGUCUCAGUCCCUUCCCUCCUAUCUCCUCACCCCUGGCAGCUGUGCAGUUUCCCAGUCCUGGCCUCCCUGCCCGCCCCUCUUGGGCCUUAGGGGAGCGGGGUGAGGGAGGAAGGGAGGGCAGCCUGGUGGGCCCACCCCUUUUUGCCUUUCCAGGCUGGGAGGCUGGGCCAGUGAGCCUUUUAACCAGCCGGGGCAGGCUGUGCGGGACACCAGCCUUGGACGCAGUGCCUGGCCCCUCUGUGGUCCCGGCCGCCGCCAGCCCGGCCAGCAUGCAGCAACAGCCCCUGCCUGGGCCCUUGGCCCCUGCGGCUGAGCCGACCAAGCCUCCCUACAGCUACAUAGCUCUGAUUGCCAUGGCCAUCCAGAGCUCCCCAGGACAGCGGGCCACACUCAGCGGCAUUUACCGCUACAUCAUGGGCCGCUUCGCCUUCUAUCGCCACAACCGGCCCGGCUGGCAGAACAGCAUCCGCCACAACCUGUCACUCAAUGAGUGCUUUGUCAAGGUGCCCCGUGAUGACCGCAAGCCAGGCAAGGGCAGCUAUUGGACGCUGGACCCCGACUGCCACGACAUGUUUGAGCACGGCAGCUUCCUGCGCCGACGCCGACGCUUCACCCGGCGAGCAGGUGCCGAGGGAGCCAAGGGCCCUGCCAAGGCACGCCGUGGACCCCUCAGAGUGACCAGCCAGGAUUCGGGAGUCCCCGACGCCACAACUGGCAGGCAGUGCCCGUUCCCGCCGGAGCUGCCAGAGCCCAAGGGCCUAAGCUUCGGGGGUCUGGUGGGGGCCUUGCCAGCUACCGUGUGCCCUGCAACCACUGACGCCAGGCCUCGGCCACCCAUGGAGCCCAAAGAGAUGCCCGCACCUAAGCCUGCAGGCCCGGGGGAGCUCCCUGUGGCCCCCUCGUCUUCCCCGUGCCCAGCAUAUGGCUUUCCUGCUGGCUUCUCUGAGGCUGAGGGUUUCAGUAAGGCCCCCACGCCCAUCUUGACCCCAGAGGUGGGCGUUGGGAGCAGCUACCAGUGCCGGCUGCAGGCACUGAAUUUCUGCAUGGGGACUGACCCAGGCCUUGAACACCUCUUGGCCUCAGCAGCCCCCUCUCCUGCACCACCCACUCCUCCAGCCUCACUCCGGGCCCCGCUGCCCCUGCCAGCUGACCCCAAGGAACCUUGGGUUGCAGGCAGCUUCUCUGUCCAGGGAGGUUCCAGCUACCCAUUGGGGCUGACCCCCUGCCUAUACCGGACACCAGGAAUGUUCUUCUUUGAGUGAAGCCAGCCCGGCCUCGGGCAGUCCCUGCAGGGUGAGCCUGACUCUAGGAUCUGGGGCACUCUCAAGGGACCCGGGCCUGGCAAGCCAACGACAGCUGGGACAGGAAGCCAAGAUUGGAGUAGCGAACACGCAGCCAGGCCCCAGGGCCUCUGGACAGACUUGAGGGAGAGGGGAGGCAGGGCCCCCAUGGGAUUUACUCUGUGGCUCUCAGGGCCAAUAAAAGCAGUAUGAUGAUGGUCA